GUAAUAACAAAGAAAGAAAGAAAGACAGCAACGUGAAGCACUUAAGCCACGAACCAACAUAUAUAAAGAUAAGAGAAGACAACUGUCUAGAUAAGAACACCACAGAAAAUUAGCUUGCUCCUCCACGGCCAUACGCUCUCCACGAGGACCACGACCGCAUUUAAUUCCACGACAUCUACCAAAAGGAGAGGAGGACAUAUCUUGGAAUUUUUUAGAAGGUUUGGCAAGGCGAUCUCUCAGAAAUCUUUUUCCAGAAACUGUCAAAGGAUCUUCAGCAGGAAAUACUUCAUCCUCUUCUGAAUCAUCAACAGAGAAAACAUCUUAUCCAGUAGAUUCUAAAGCAGCAAAAGAAUUACUUCCAAAGAUUAUAGGUAAUUAUUUUAUAAUCCCUUGCCUCCUCCAUGCGGCGUUUUCUGUUCUUCGUUUCCUGCUUUGGGUUGUACGCUUUGGUGGCCGCAACGUACGCAUGGCUAGCGUUUCCGCCGCAUAUAGGACGCACGGAUCAUGUGUCAUCUUCUUCGCUAGGUUGCAGAGAGGACAACGAGGGCUCCUGGUCCAUUGGCGUCUUCUACGGCGAUUCUCCCUUCACUCUCAAACCUAUCGAAACCAUGAAUGUAUGGAGGAACGAGAGUGCAGCAUGGCCUGUGGCUAACCCAGUCUUAACAUGUGCCUCCUUGACCAACUCUGGCUUUCCAAGCAACUUUGUAGCUGAUCCGUUUCUCUAUGUUCAGGAUGAUACUCUUUACCUCUUCUUUGAAAAUAAAAACCCCAUUACAAUGCAAGGGGACAUAGGGGUUGCAGAGAGUACUGACAAAGGAGCAACUUGGAAACCUCUUGGUAUAGCUUUGGAUGAGCCUUGGCACUUAUCUUUUCCUUUCGUCUUCAGUUACAACGGAGAAAUAUACAUGAUGCCGGAGAGCAACCAGAUAGGAGAGCUUCGUCUCUACCGUGCUGUUAACUUCCCAUUAACUUGGAAGCUAGAGAGAGUCAUCUUGCAAAAUCCCCCUGUUGAUUCCACCAUAAUCCAUCACCAAGGAAACUACUGGCUGUUUGGAACACAUCAUAGUAGCAGCUUUGGAACCAAAAAGAAUGGACAUUUUGAAAUUUGGUACAGUACCACUCCUCUUGGCCCAUGGAAACAACACAAGAAGAAUCAUAUCCACAACGCAGCAAGUAACGGAGGGAGAGCGUUUUCACAUAACGGUAACCUCUACCGUGUUGGUCAAGCUUCCGGUGAGAGUUAUGAGAAAAAAAAAAUACGCAUGUUCAAAAUAGAGAUUCUUUCUAAGGAAGUGUACAGAGAAGUCCAAGUCCCCUUUGAUUUAGAAACGUCCCACAAAGGUCAAAACUAUUGGAACGGAGUUAGGCAGCAUCAUUUAGAUGUAACACAGCUAAGUUCUGGUGAAUACAUUGGUCUUGUUGGUGGUGACCGUGUAACGUCAGGUGAUUUGUUUCUUAGGGUUUCUCUCGGAUAUGCCUCUCUAGCAGCUGCUAUUAGUUUGGUUGAGUUUCUAGGGUUUUUGCUUGGCAUCUUGAACUGUAUUGUUCCAUCAACCUGGUGCGAUAACUACUACGCAGGAAAAAGAACCGAUGCGGUCUUGAAUCUGGAGACCACAAGCUUUGUGUCUGAACAGUUGAGAAGGUUGUGUUCUAGGUUAAACCGAGUACCUCCUUUUCUCAGACGGUUCGUGAAACCUAAUUCCACUUUUGGAAGAUUAGUACUCAGUUCGAUAUUAGUUCUAGGAGUUUUGCUCACAUGUGUAGGCGUCAGGUACAUUUACGGUGGUAGUGGAGCUGUAAUGGCUUAUCCUCUCAAAGGUCAUGUAUCUAAGUUCACGUUAGCAACUAUGACGUACGACUCACGUCUCUGGAACCUAAAAAUGUACGUGAAACAUUACUCUCAAUGUCCUUCAGUGAAAGAGAUCCUUGUCAUAUGGAACAAAGGACCACCUCCUGAACUCACCGAUCUAGACUCUGCCGUGCCGGUCAGAAUCCGAGUAGAGAAGCUGAACUCUCUAAACAACAGGUUCAACAUCGACCCGUUGAUUAAAACACGAGCCAUUCUUGAGCUUGACGACGAUAUAAUGAUGUCAUGUGAUAACAUUGAGAAAGGGUUUAGAGUUUGGAGAGAGCAUCCUGAGAGACUGGUCGGGUACUACCCGCGUUUUGUUGAUGAAACAAUGACUUAUAGUGCUGAGAAGUUUGCGAGGAGUCAUAAGGGAUACAAUAUGAUUCUCACUGGAGCUGCGUUUAUGGACGUUGAUUUCGCGUUUGGUUUGUAUCAGUCCGAGAAGGCGAGACUUGGUCGAGAGUUUGUGAACGAGCAGUUUAACUGUGAAGACGUUUUGUUGAAUUUUUUGUAUGCUAAUGUGAGUGGUUUGGGAAAGGCUGUGGAGUAUGUGAGACCGUUUUUGGCUAUUGACACUUCUAAAUUUUCCGGUGUAGCGAUUAGUGGGAAUACGAAUAAACAUUACAUGAAGAGAAGCAAGUGUCUACGGAGGUUCUCUGAUUUGUAUGGGAGUUUGUCUGAUCGGAGAUGGGAGUUUGGUGGGAGAAAAGAUGGGUGGGAUUUGUAGAAAAAAAGAGUUGUUACUUGUAAGGCAAGUAAGUAGUUCUUAUAUAAAAAAAGAUGAGUAAUGAUCGAUUUCUUGGCA